CUAAGGUGAGAGCAGCAGACAGAGCUGCACGGAGCAAAGCCUCAGCAGCCUGACGGGGAGGUAGGAGUUGAGAAGUUUCUUUGGGGACGUGCACAGAAUGGUGCUUGCAGCACUCUGGAGGAAAUGGAGACUGAGAUGGUUUUACUGCAUUUCUUCAAAUUUGGCAAGGGUAUAAACCUUCAAGUCAGCGGGACUGCUCUGGUACCCGCAUGGCCCCUCAGUAUGCCAACACAGAAGAUGUAUUAACUUUGCCUCCUAGAGCCCUUCAGCGAGAGCCUGUCCUGGUGAGGGUAGGUUUGAAGUCACUGGCUGCCUGCAGAGUCCCAGGCUCCCCGUGUCCCAUCCAGUCGAGAGCGGGAGAGCGGUCAGGUGACCAAAUGACGCAGCCGCCUCCACUGAGAAGAGCUGUCUCAUGUGCCAUGCACAGCAGCCCCACACGUCUCCAGAGGUGCUGGCCGGAGCCCCCGAGGUGGCUGUGAAGUGCUGGUCCCUGCCCCUACUGGCAAUGCCACUGCAAACACCAAUGUGGCUCAUCUCGCUGCCUUUGCCACAAGAAAGUCACUGGAAUAACACAAGAAAUGUACUGGGCCUAAACAAAUUAAAGAUGAAAGACAACUGAAGUGUUCAAUGUGUAUGUCACGCCCUCUGAUGCUGAGAUUAGUCCCUUAAUCACCAACGCUGAGGAAAACAGCUCCAUCCAAAGGAGGACUUACGAAGGCAAUCCAGGUUGUUUGGUAACUAAUUAGGACCUCCUCCACAAACAGAAUCGCAGAUCCUCCAGGCCACCCGAGGAACGGUAUAAAAGUGCUCAGGACUCAGAACGCUUCCAAACAUUUCUGUGGACUUCAUCUCCUCGGUGAACCGGGUUUACCUCCACCCCAGAAAGAUGACUUUCUCCAGCCUGUCCUAUCCAGAAUGUGGGGUGGCCCGACCCAGUCCAGUUACUGGCAGCUCCAACGAGCCGUGCGUUAGGCAGUGCCCUGACUCCGAAGUGGUGAUCAGCCCCUCACCGGUUGUCGUGACCCUCCCCGGACCAAUUCUCAGCAAUUUCCCUCAGCAGAGUGACGUGGCAGCCGUAGGAGCACCUGUGGUCGGAGCUGGUUUCGGAGGCUCAUUCGGUUUGGGGGGAUUGUACGGCUAUGGAGGCCAUUACGGAGGAUUGUAUGGUUUAGGGAGAUUAGGUGGUUACGGGGGCCUUUACGGUUACAGGGGAUUAUUGGGCCAUGGGGGAUACUAUGGUUACCCGGGCCUUUACGGUUAUGGUGGAUUAUUGGGCUAUGGGGGACACUGUGGUUACCCGGGCCUAUAUGGUUAUGGUGGAUUAUGUGGUUCCGGGAUAUCUUCCCAUAGGUACCUCAAUGGAAGCUUUGGGCCAUGUUAAACCUGCCAGGAAUAUUCGUGGAAGAAGGAAGAACCAGGAAAUGAACAGCCAGAUACAGAUUCACCCCUGAUCUUUUGGGCAUGGCUUUCAGAAGUGCUGGGCAAACAGGGCUCCAGCUGAAUUCAGUGGAGCUGUGUGUGCUCAGCACCUUGAGCUGAUAGCCAUGCUGCAUUUCUAAUGUUACGCUUUAUGAGUCUUUCCGCCAAAGCUUUCUCAACCAUG